GUUAUAUUUAUAGACACCCUCCAGAAUCGGAUCCUUCAAAGCUUCAACAUGGGAACAUUGGUGGGUCACAUCGUACCAGGAUUUUUCUUCUUUGCACUUGGUCUAUGGCACCUCUUUAACCACAUCAAAGUAUUUUCUCUACAUCCAAAAUCAUACGUAUCAUGUACAUGGUUUCCCCUUUCCAAACCAAGAUAUUUAGAGCCUCUCGUGAUCAUUAUAGCCUCCUCACUUUCCAUUUCCGUGGAACUCUUCCUUGGCCAAAAGAACCACCAACCAUUUGAUCCCAAUGACGGAACUAUCCCAUCAAACCAUCUCCAUAACUUUGAACACUCUUGCAUCUCCAUCACCUUCAUCACAUAUGCCGCUUUUGCCAUCAUCUUUGACAAAACAAGACCAGUGGCUCAUAGGGACCUCAUCAACUUGAUCGGGGCCCUCGCAUUCGCCCAACAACUCUUUCUCUUCCAUUUCCACUCGUCUGACCACACGGGCGUCGAGGGCCACUACCAUUUGUUGCUACAGCUCGUGGUUUUUGUCUCUUUGGUGACAACACUCUUGGGUAUCGCCUUACCGAGUAGCUUCUUGGUGAGUUUUGUUCGGUCACUUAGUAUUUCUUUCCAAGGAAUAUGGCUUAUGUCAAUGGCUUGCAUGCUUUGGACGCCAAGUUUGGUUCCCAAGGAUUGCUUUCUUCACAUUGAAGAGGGUAAACAUACCAUUAGAUGCUCUAGCGUGAAAGGACUUCAUAGAGCAUUAUCAUUGGUUAAUAUCCAGUUUAGUUUGUUUCUGGUGGGUGUGACCAUCUUUGCAAUGUGGUUUUAUAUUUUCUUGCAAAGGAUCUAUGGUGAGAAAAUUGAAUAUUCUGAGCUUCGAACAAAGGAAUCCAAAGACAUUGAGAUCAUGAUGACCAUGGUUGAAGUUCAUGAUACUGAGUCACGAAAUGGAGUUAAGUCACUAGCUUGAGAAGUCAUGGCCACAGAAAACUAUUAACUUCUGAUGAUGUUUUGGUAUUCCGAUUCAGAGAGUUUGAUCAUGUAAAUAUAGACGUAUUCUGUAUUCAGAUGGGAGACAAUCCAUAUAUGUAGUGUGUUGUACAUAUAUGAACGUGCCGUAAUCUAUUAUAUACACUUGAAAAUCUUAUAUACUACUUUCUUAUAUU